AUGGAUAUAUCUGUGGUGCAGAGUGAGGACAGCGUGCUGCUGUUCGUCUCCGCCUGGACCAUCACAGAGAUCAUCCGCUACUCCUUCUACACCUUCAGCCUCCUCAACCACCUGCCCUACCUCAUCAAAUGGGCCAGGUACACCUUCUUCUUCGCUCUGUAUCCGAUGGGCGUGACGGGCGAGCUGCUGACGAUCUACGCCGCGCUGCCGUUCGUUCAGAAGACGGGACUUUACUCCAUCACUCUGCCCAACAAGUACAACUUCUCCUUCGACUACCACAGCUUCCUCAUCAUCGUCAUGAUCUCAUACAUCCCCCUGUUCCCCCAGCUUUACUUCCACAUGAUCCGACAGAGGAAGAAGGUCCUGGGCCACGCGGAGGACUACAGCAAAGUGGAGUGAGCGAGUUCAGACACAAUCUGACAGAAAGGAAGAAGAGAAACCAAAACAACCAGAGCCAGAUCUAUACACUGGCAGAAGAUCAAAUUAUCAAGCAACUUUGUUUUUUUCCUAGCUUUUUGACCCAGGGGUUGUGUAGAAACAAAACAUGAACAAGCUGGUGUUUUUAAUACGUUUCAUUUUUUAAGUUAGUCAUGGAGUUGCUGUAAACAAGCUGUGUCUAACCGGUUGCUAUGUGAGCGCGGAGCAGAUUUCGGUCGCAGCUGAACCGAUGACGCACUGAUAGAAACUCCCCCGUAGAUUUUCACCUCCUCAUGGCCCCCCCUUUAUUCUCGUUAAGUUUUGCUUUACUAUGAUGUAGACAGAUUAAUGUGAACACUAGUACUGACACUAGGUCGUAGGUUUUGCAUAUGCAGUGUUUGUUGGUCCAGUUUUUUUGUUCUGUCAUUCAUUUCAGCCACAAGUUCACUUACAUUCCUGAUUUAGUUCAAUAAACCUUUUUUCCAUUCA